GCUGCGGCGAAAGACCCCGCAAAUGCCCACCUGCUUGCCGUGCAGUCUGGCUGCGAGCUUGUGCGUUGUUUGCGAUUGAAAACCGUGCACUUGCCCCCAUUCCUCCACAAUCCUCGUUGCUCAAUAGCAAACUUUCCUCCGCAGCACGUUGACUCUAGCAUCACGAUGGACCUCGUCAACGCAUCCGCGAACUCGGUGAACGAUGCCCCUGCAAAGGGCGCCAACGACGGCACUGGCAUGGUCCAGCUGGAUCCUUAUCUGGAGCCUUUCACUGGCGCGCUGAAGAGCCGCUACGCCAAAGCCCAGCAGUGGAUCAAGACGAUCGAAGAGACAGAAGGCGGUCUCGAGAAGUUCUCAAGGGGCUAUGAGCGCUUUGGCUUCCAGGUCCAGUCAAACGGCGAUGUUGUGUACCGCGAGUGGGCGCCGAACGCCCUGCGAGCCUACCUUAUUGGCGACUUCAACGACUGGAACCGCGAUGCGACGCCCAUGAAGAAGAACGAGUUCGGUGUGUUCGAAGUGACGGUCCCUGGCAAGAACGGCCAGCCCUCGAUACCGCAUGAUUCCAAGAUCAAGAUCUCCCUAGUUGUUCCCAACGACCAUGCACGCCAGGAGCGUCUCCCUGCCUGGAUCACCCGAGUGACCCAAGACCUCAGCGUCUCCCCCGUCUACGAUGCGCGCUUCUGGAACCCGCCUCAGAAGUAUCAAUUCAAGAACAAGCGCCCAGCGAAGCCCGAGAGCGCACGUAUCUACGAAGCCCACGUUGGUAUCUCCUCGCCCGAGCGCAAGGUCGCUACAUACAAAGAGUUCACACAGAAUAUCCUCCCCAGGAUCAAGCACCUGGGCUACAACACUAUCCAGCUGAUGGCUGUUAUGGAGCACGCAUACUACGCCAGUUUCGGCUACCAGAUCAACAGCUUCUUUGCUGCAAGCAGUAGAUAUGGCUUCCCAGAUGACCUCAAGGAGCUUAUCGAUACUGCGCACGGCAUGGGCAUCACAGUUCUCUUGGAUGUUGUCCACAGUCACGCCUCAAAGAAUGUCCUUGAUGGACUGAACUCAUUCGACGGCAGCGAUCAUCAGUACUUCCACGAGGGUGCGAAGGGACGACACGAGCUUUGGGAUAGCAGACUGUUCAACUAUGGUCAUCACGAGGUCCUUCGUUUCCUGCUCAGCAACCUGAGAUUCUGGAUGGAGGAGUACCAGUUCGAUGGCUUCCGCUUCGACGGUGUCACCAGCAUGAUCUACACACACCAUGGUAUCGGCACAGGUUUCUCUGGUGGCUACCACGAGUACUUCGGCCCUGGUGUCGACGAGGAGGGCGUUGUGUAUCUCAUGGUUGCCAAUGAGCUGCUGCACCAGCUGUACCCCAGCUGCAUUACUAUCGCAGAAGAUGUGUCUGGUAUGCCUGGUCUCUGCGUAUCGCUGUCUCUGGGCGGAAUAGGAUUCGACUAUAGACUCGCGAUGGCAGUCCCGGAUCUGUACAUCAAGUGGUUGAAGGAGAAGCAGGAUAUUGACUGGGAUAUGGGCAACCUCGUCUUCACGCUGUCGAAUAGGCGGCACGGUGAGAAAACCAUCGCCUAUGCAGAGUCCCACGACCAAGCGCUCGUUGGUGAUAAAACCCUACUCUUCUGGCUAUGUGACGCUGAGAUGUACACCAACAUGUCUGUCUUGUCGGAACUCACUCCUGUUAUUAACAGGGGUCUGUCCCUGCAUAAGAUGAUCAGGCUGAUCACCCACGGCCUGGGCGGAGAGGGCUACCUAAACUUCGAAGGCAACGAGUUCGGCCACCCCGAGUGGCUCGACUUCCCUCGCGAAGGCAACGGCAACAGCUUCGACUACGCCCGCAGGCAGUUCAACCUCGUCGACGACGACCUGCUGCGCUACAGAUUUCUGAACGAGUUCGACAGCAAGAUGCAGUGGACAGAGGAGAAGUACGGCUGGCUGCACUCGCCACAGGCGUACGUCAGCCUGAAGCACGAGGGCGACAAGGUCAUCGUGUUCGAGCGCGCAGGUCUGCUGUGGAUCUUUAACUUCCACCCCUCCAACAGCUUCACCGACUACCGCGUUGGUGUCGAGCAGGAAGGCACCUACAGGAUCGUGCUCAGCACUGAUAACAAGGCGUUUGGUGGCCAUGGUAAUGUUGCUGAAGAUACGAGGUUCUUCACUACGCCGUUUGCGUGGAAUGAGAGGAAGAACUUCUUGCAGGUGUACAUCCCUACAAGGACUGCGAUUGUUUUGGCCUUGGAGUCCACGCUGUAGAGGCUGGAUGGAGACAGGGAAAGAUUGAGGACUCAAGGAAAGGACUAGUGUUCAUCUAAUAGCGUCGUUGCACAUAAGCGCCAUGUAAGGAUACCAUCGAGAAAAUUAUACCGUAUCGUGCAGAGCAUGAAGUCAGCAAUGAUCUGAC